AAGAAUCAAUCACACUGUUGCCAUGUCGAACUCACAUCCCACGGGAGGGUUUCUUGACUCUGAGACUAUGGAAUAUGAGAUCUCUUCACCGGUCGUAGCUCAAGAUGGCACUGGACCCCCGACAUUCCAGUUCAUUCCUUCCACACCAGAUCCUCUCCGGACCGCAUUCGCCAUACCUCCCCCUCCUACCUCUGCACCUCCGUCCACCUCUCAAACAACCUCUAUACACACUCAUCCUGAUGCGGAAAAUUAUCGCCGUUCUCCAUCUAUGAUUCAGACCUCCCGACCUCAAUCCUUAUCGUUCAACCACGACCUACGCCACCUCCAAGGUCAAGGCCAUUCAACAGUCGACGCCGUCGAGAUACCCACACUUCCAUUUCGCAACGGUAACGAUAGGAAUAGCGUGGAUUCACACCCUCACGGUAACGAGGACCAAGAGGAUCGAUAUGAUCAUGAUCAGGAGCAUUCACAUCUACAGCCGGGGCAGUAUAUCGCGAGGGAUAUGUAUUCGAAAGGGAGUGUGAGCUUUUUGAACUCGCAGGGAGAGGGUCUGAAUGGUGGGAGUGGUGUUGGACAUGGUGCUGGCCCAUCACCGAGGGAAGGACAUGCACUAGAGGGAGCCUUAGAAACAAGUCAGAGGGCGUUAACCGCCCUUGCCAUCGGUGCUCCCCUCCUCGCGUCAGUAGUCGUCUCGACACUCUCCGUCGUCCAAGCCGAACUCGCCGCCGCCUUCCCAGACGCACCCUCAUCCCGACCCUCUGCCGUCCAAGCCUCGACGGCCCUCCUCUGGAGCUCCGUCAUCAUCUCGCUGGGGUCUGCGCUCAGUGCUGUGGCAGGAUUGUCCAUUGCGGCUGGGUAUCACGAUUCCCAUGUGGGCGUGACAAAGUUGUUGGUCAGGCGGUUCAGGGCCUGGAGGAAGGGUAAGGGGCAGAGGAGUUUGGGUAUGACUGAGCGCCACAGAGGUGCAGAAGAUGGUGGUGGACACCAUACGUAUAGAGGUAGGAUGGCGGCUGGGGCUGGGUCUGGACGUGGUGGUGAUGGGACGAGGAGUAGGCCGACGAGUGUACAGUCGAUGGUGGCGCCGAGUAUGUUGACUAUGGAGAGGACUACUCAACAUCAUCAGGGUGCUCUGCGCGCCGCUGAGGUUUCCGCUCGACUCCUAGGAGUCAGCGUCAUCUUCCUCGCGGCAUCACUGGGUGUCUUCUUAUUCGCCGUGUACCCAAAAAGCGUGGCCAUCUCCGUUCUGGUGGUCGGUGGUCUGACGGCUGCGGCCUGUGCGAUUCCGUUGUUGCCUAUCGUUUUCCCUGGCGAUUUGAGGGAGGGAAGCAGUUGAAUGUCGUGUAUUGUCUCGUCUGAUCGUGGGACCAUUGAUGGCCGUUGUUUUGCUUAACUUAUGGGGGUAUGAUGUUGUGGGACUUCGUGAUUCGGACUGCUUUGGUUAUGUUGUUUGUUGUGAUUGUAGCUUGCUUGUUCAUCACACUGUGAUACCCAUACUCCUACUCAUUAUUAAUAACCAUAUUUCUGUUCC